UAGGUUGUGAGAUAUCAUGCCAGGUGGAAGCCAGUAUAACUUGAGAAGUCAAGAAAGCCAACAGGGUGUGCAGGAUGAUACCGACGAGGAUGGGAAUGCGGCGCAACCAGCCCAUAUGACAGCAAUUAUAGCCAGUCUCAACGCACUCACAAAUGCAGUCGGACAGUUGAAGGCGGUCACAGAGGAAAGCCAGCGAGACAUAGAAAGAUUGCGAAACAAUAUACAGUUCGACGCGCGUUCUAACGUGAUUGAAGCAAUGCAGCAGGAUAGUGAAACCACACCAGUGACGCGACCGGAGCGCUCCACGCAAAAUGCAGUGCUAGAGGUUAGUGAUUCGGUUACAAAGUUGUAUGAUCUGCCUAUAUUUUCCGGUAACACCGAAGACUGGCCGCUCUUCUUAGCAAACUACAAAGAUACGACCGAAACGUUUCGCUAUAGUAACCGACAUAACCUAAUGCGGUUACACAAAUGUUUAGUUGGUCGUGCUAGAGAAACAGUUGCUUCCAUGUUGAUCUAUCCCGAUGACGUGCCGAAUGCUAUAGCUGAGCUGGAGUUCCAGUUUGGUCGGCCAGACCUUUUAGUGCGAAGCCAGCUUCUUAAAAUUCAGCAAUUUCAAACUAUCGCUGAAAACAAAGUGGAGCAAAUUUUAGCGUUUUCAACAAGAACAAGAAACGUUGUUGCGUUUCUAACGUCAGCUAAGUGUGAGCAUCACCUCGCUAACACGACACUGUUGGAGCAGUUAGUAACUAAGCUACCGCCAAGCAAGCAAUACGAGUGGACCAGAUAUGCCGUAAAUUUAAAGCCGUAUCCCACAAUUAAAGAGUUUUCGAGCUGGUUAAGCGACCUUGCCAGAGUCGUGUGUCUGAUGCCGCCAACAACUGCAAUAAGUAGAAGCCAACUUCCAACGACACAGCAACAGCCUCGACGUUUGAUGCAUCUCGGUAGAGAGUCGCAGCAGGAGCACUCGGGAGGUAUGCGAUGUUACGCGUGCAUGGGUGCCCACUCCAUUUCGAACUGUCAGACCUUUUGUGAAAUAAUGAGCGUCCCUGAGCGUUGGGAGAAAGUGAAAAGCCUUCAGCUCUGCUUUUCUUGUUUGCGCAAAGGACACAACACAUCAAACUGUCGCGUUAAAAAGUUUUGUGACACCGAUGGUUGCCGUCGAUACCACCACCGGAGCCUUCAUGAAAGCACAACAGCCGCCGCUCAUGCAGAUGCAGCCCGCAACCAAGGUGGGGCGCAGCCCAUUCUCAACUGUAGGGAAGCCAUAUCCACGCGCGGCCACCUGUUUAAAUACGUUCCUGUGUAAUUAUUCGGACCAAAUGGUA